UGACGAGUAAUAUUUAAUUUCGGAGGUUAUUUCUGAGAUUUAACAUGAUGACGUGUGGCAUUUUCCGAAGCGCAUGUUGGGCCUUCGCACAUUGGUGGCCCUUGCGCUGUUCGUCGCUUGCAUUGCGACUGCCCACGGUGAUCGCAAGCACGCCUCUCGUCAUGAAGAAUACGAAGUGGACGCGCUGGGAAGUCUGCCUGGGGUGUCCGCUGAAACGGUGCGUGAAUUCAAGAAGUUCCAGCAGCACAACUACCCAGUCCACCGCUCCCAGGUAUUGCCGCGGAAGCCCGCGCCGUCCUUCACCAACGUGAAUGCCGUCGUGGGUGAAAAGUUCACCAAGAUCUCGCUCGACGACUACAAGGGCAAAUGGCUAGUCAUGUUCUUUUACCCGUUCGACUUUACCUUUGUGUGCCCCACCGAGAUCGUGAGCUUUAGCGACUCUGUGGGCCUCUUCCAAGCCAUCAACACCGAGGUGAUCGCCGUGUCCACGGACUCGCACCAUACGCACUUGGCUUGGAUCAAGACGCCCCGCGACAAGGGCGGUCUGGGCGAGAUGAACAUCCCGAUCGUCGCGGACGUGAGCAAGCGCAUCUCGGCCAACUACGGCGUGCUCGUGACGGACGAAGACGACGACAUGUUUGGCGCGGCCCUGCGCGGCCUCUUCAUCAUCGACCCCCAAGGCAUCGUCCGCUCCAUCCAGAUCAACGACGACCAGGUCGGACGCAGCGUGCCCGAAACGUUGCGCAUCCUCAAGGCGUUCCAGUACGCGACGGCGCACCCCGGCGAGGUGUGCCCUGCCAACUGGAAGCCCGGCCACAAGACCAUCAAGGCGGACCAAGACGCCAAGUAUGACUUCUUUGACGCCACGUACGGCCAGCAUGAACGCAAUUGAGGUCGUUUGGAGGACCUUCCAUGCAAAGAAUGAAGUCAUGUGGGGUGACGAUAUCAUAUACGAAGUACAUUUUGCACUACAGUACUUCGAGUAUACAGUACACAGCCUUUGCCCAGGUCAACAUUCGGCCAUUCGGCCAUGAUUGAAACGAGGUCGCGCACCAGUUGUGUAAAGCAGAGGCCUGGACGAGAGCAUAAAUUACGAAGUCGAUGUACACAGAACACACAGGUCCUCUGCACGGGAGAUGAUCACAUGGCCCAUGCGUACGAGCUUUUUUCCUGGUGCACAGUAUGCAUCUAUUCGGGUCUAGGUGGGGGUUGUUACUGGGGUCUUCUCCAGUGAAUCGUUGGAUGAGUGCAUGUGUUGGCAGGCAGGGGUGCGUGCUGCUUGGACCAAAGCAUGGUUGCCUCGUGUCUGUCGUCCUCGAUACGAUGGCCAUACAUGCGCAUGUUAUCCAAGUGGAAAAUAUGUAGGCAUAUUACG